CCCCUUCGUGACAUAACUGCCGGAAGUCCCGCCCCCGCUCUCUGCAUCAACAUGGCGGCGGCGACGAGUGCGGGUUGCUUAGUGGCUCGACGGCUCUUCGGGGCUUGGUCUCGUCGCCUUGUAUUUCGGGGCUCGGCCUGUAGGAACCGGCCCAUACAUCUUGGGGUGAGCAGAUUCAGAGCGACUCAAGCAGCAACACAAGUAGUCUUAAAUGUUCCUGAGACUAAGGUGUCUUCUCUGGAAAAUGGCCUGCGAGUAGCUUCUGAAGAUUCUGGCCUUUCGACAUGCACAGUUGGACUUUGGAUUGAUGCUGGAAGCAGAUAUGAAAAUGAAAAGAACAAUGGAACAGCUCACUUUUUGGAGCAUAUGGCUUUCAAGGGGUCAAAAAAGAGGUCUCAGUUAGACCUGGAACUAGAGAUUGAAAACAUGGGAGCUCAUCUAAAUGCCUACACAUCCAGGGAACAAACUGUGUAUUAUGCAAAGGCUUUCUCAAAGGACUUGCCAAGAGCUGUGGAGAUUCUUGCUGACAUCAUACAGAACAGUACAUUGGGGGAAGCAGAAAUUGAACGGGAGCGAGGAGUUAUUCUUCGAGAGAUGCAGGAAGUUGAAACUAAUUUGCAGGAAGUUGUGUUUGAUUAUCUUCAUGCCACAGCCUAUCAGAACACAGCAUUGGGACGGACAAUCUUAGGACCUACUGAAAAUAUCAAAUCUAUAAACCGUAAUGACUUGGUGGAGUACAUAACAACCCAUUAUAAAGGCCCCAGAAUGGUGCUGGCUGCUGCCGGAGGAGUCUCUCAUGAUGACUUGCUUGACUUAGCAAAGGAUCAUUUUGGUAAUUUACCAUCUACUGAGGAAGGAGCGCCGGCAUUGCCCCCCUGCAGAUUCACAGGUAGCGAGAUUCGUAUAAGAGACGACAAGAUGCCUUUGGCGUAUAUUGCAAUAGCUGUUGAAGCAGCUGGCUGGACUCACCCAGAUACCAUUCCUCUGAUGGUAGCAAAUACCCUGAUAGGCAACUGGGAUCGUUCUUUCGGAGGAGGCGUGAAUUUAUCCAGUAAACUUGCCCAGGUCACCUGUCAUGGCAACUUGUGUCAUAGUUUCCAGUCCUUCAACACCUGUUACACUGAUACUGGAUUGUGGGGGCUCUAUAUGGUUUGUGAACCAUCCACUAUCCAGGACAUGAUGCAUUUUGUUCAGAGAGAAUGGAUACGACUUUGCACAAGCGUUACUGAAAGUGAGGUAGCUCGAGCCAAGAACCUUCUUAAAACAAAUAUGCUGCUACAGCUAGAUGGAUCCACUCCAAUCUGUGAGGACAUUGGACGACAGAUGUUGUGUUACAAUCGCAGAAUUCCAAUUCCUGAACUUGAAGCAAGAAUUGAAGCUAUUGAUGCCCAGGUCAUACGAGAAAUUUGCACAAAGUACAUUUACGAGAAGUGCCCUGCCAUUGCGGCUGUAGGUCCAAUUGAACAGCUCCCCGAUUAUAACAAAAUCUGUAGUGGCAUGUACUGGCUUCGUGCUUAGGAACAUUUUGGGAUAAAAGUUUCCAAAAGCAGUUCUUUAUGAAGACAAAGUAGAGAUGGUGUCACAAGGCUGGUAA